UAGACCUUACUCCUGAGGUUUGUGUGGCUGAGUUUUAAGUCGCCUGGUGAAGUUCGUGAACUGGCUCUUGCUUGUUUCAGCAAACCUCUCAAACGUAUCUUUUUUGACUUAAGUAGCAACAGUGGCCAAGUCGAUUGGCCGUGGCCAGCGACCCUCCCUGUGGCUGAGGCGUUCUGAGGGAGGGGAGAGGGGCGCGCCAUGUUCUCUCCCUGCUCGGGCUGGGGGCUUGGCUUCCUCCGGCUCUGUCAGCUCAGAGUAUGGGCCGGCGUUGGGCGCCUGGCUUGUCGGGGUUGCCAGGGUCGGCCUUAUGGCUCAGGUGGGGGCGAGAGUCGGUGUGGGUCCGAGCCCGAGGUCCCUCCGCCUGGCCCGGCGCCCCGGACUCUGAAGGAAUGGACGCUGCUGGUGAGCCCGUUCGGUCGGCUGCGGGCGCAGCUCCCGUGCCACCUGGCCGUGAGGUCCCUGGACCCCCUCACCUACCCGGACGGCGACCGCGUUCUGGUCGCGGUGAGCGGCGUGGAGGGCGGGGCGCGGGGCCUUGACGGCCUGCAGGUGGAGUACGACGAGGUGCUGAAGGAGAUGGCCAUCGUGUCUGACACUAUCGAUCCCCAAGCGUCUGUGGAGGUGAACGCGCCCCUCAAAUUUGAUAUAAGUAUAAAGUCAUCAGGAUCUGGCUGUGUAAAAAUCCAAAAUAUUGAGUGUGAUAAUUGCAAAAUUGAAACUGAGCAGGGGACCAGCAUCUUACAGUCUGUGAAGAGUCAAAAAUUACAUGUUCAGACAAAAGGAGGCAAAGUGAUCUGUCUGGGAACAGUUCAUGGAAAUAUCGAUAUUCAUGCAUCAGAUACAAGUACUGUGACCAUAGAUAAACUACAGGGAAGUUCUAUUAAUGUAUCUACUGAAGAUGGUUUGCUGAAAGCUGAGUAUCUUUAUACAGAAUCAUCAUUUCUAACUUCUGCUGCUGGGGAUAUUACAUUAGGAAGCAUUCAUGGUAAUAUAACAUUACAAAGCACAAUGGGUAACGUCACAGUAGAUUCAUCCUCUGGAUGUCUAAAAGCCUCAACUCAUCAGGGUGCCAUAGAUGUUUAUGUCAGCCAACUGGGGAAAGUGGAAUUGAAAUCCCUUAAAGGCUCUGUUAUUGUCAAAGUCCCGUCUUCUCUUCAAGCUCAUUUACAGUUAUCAGGGAAAGAGGUUGAUAUUGACUCAGAAGUUCAUAUUCAGGAAAUGGCUAAAGCUCAUAAAGAUCAUGGUAUAACAAUUACUGGACUCAUGAAUCAAGCAAGCAAACAUGAAAAAUGGAUUAAGGCUGAUGCCCCAAAAGGCACUGUAAGUUUUAGAAGUCAGAGCUGGUUUCAGUCCCUGAAACUGCGGGACUAAGAAUGGUUUGAGUUGUAUUUAUGAUUUUUAACGAUUACCAGAUCUGUGACUAUAAAACUGAAAAUACCACUGUUCAUAUAAAUGUUGAAAUCAACAAAUUGGGAGUGAACACUGAUGAGUUGUCUUAGAGUGGCUUUUUCAAAAUUUGUACUUAGCUAUUUGUUUUCUAUUGCUCUGUAACAAAUGGCAAACAAACUUUGUAGCUUAAAAUAAUACCCAUUUAUCAGCUCACAUUUGUGUAGGUCAAGAGCCCAGCAUGGCUAGGUUCUCUGCUCAAGAUAUCACAGGGUUGGAAUCAAGGUGUUGGCUAGGCUGAGUUCUGACCUGGAGACUCUGAGGAGAAAUCUACUUUCAAGUUUAUUCAAAUUAUUAGCAAAAUCCAGUUCCUUGAGACUACAUAACUGAGGUCUCCAUUUUCUUGGAGUGAUUGUUGACAGCAAGCUCCUGGAAGCCACCAAAUCUCUUCUCAUGUGGCCCCAUACAUCGUCAAGCCAGCAAUGAUGCACUGAGUCCUUCUCAUGCUUUGAAUAUCUGACUUCUACAACCUGUGCUUUUAAGGGCUCACUUGAUUAGAUAAGGCCCACCAAGGAUAAUCUUUGUCUUGCCAUAUAAUGUAACAUAAUCAAUCAUGAGAAUGAUACCUCAUCAUAUUUAUAGUUUCCACUCCCACUCAAAGGGAGGAGAUUAUACAAAGGCAUCAGUCACGGUGGGGGGCAGUUAUCUUAGAAUUCUUUGUACUAUAGUUCUCAUGUGACAGGUUUUCUACUUAGUACCUUUUAAGGCAUCAAUGUAAAUUUAAACUGUGAAUAAAAAACAUAUAAACGUAAAGAAUUGCUACCAGUUCUUAAUAUCUUUCAUGUAAUUUAAGACAUACCUCUGUGGGGGGAAGAGCAUUCAGCUAUUUUAUAGCCUGAUGUAUGAAGACAGAUUUUCACUUGUAUAAGGUGUACUAUGUAAAAUUAUUUUAUGAAUCCCAUUUCUUUCAAACUUUACUCAUCUACUACUGGAACAUUUAAGUUACACAACAUUGAAGAAACCUGU